AUGGCAAUCCAGGCAGUGUGGGCUGUGGCGCUAAUACUUUUAGCACCGCUUUGCGCAGGAGAAAUUAGGGUUUCGAAGAUUCGAUUGGAUGCGUCGCCAAUCAUCAUGUUGGAUAGCUUCGGAUUCACGCAGAGUGGGCACUUAGAAAUAAGAGUGAGGGAUGCAUCGUACAAGGGCCCAAAGGAACUCACUCCCUCUCGCAUGGGUUUCUUCCUCAGCACGCCAGAUGCUUGGCCCCAUGUCCAAAAUCGCAACACCUGCGCCCUCGACACUACGCUCGUCAACCCCAUUUUCACUUUCAAUAAUCUCCAAAACAAGGCUGCCAACAUUAGCUAUCAAGAUUUCGAUGCCAAUCAGUACACCCUUGCCUUUGCCAAUUGCAAUCCGGAAACCUUCGUUUCAAUGGACGUGACAACUACUGCGUAUAAUUUAGAGGGUGGUGGGACGGGGGCUAAAGAUUAUCUUUCAGUUGGUGAAACAGAGCUGCCCAAGCUUUAUUUUUACAUGUCUCUGAUAUACCUGGUUUUAUCUGGGUCGUUUUUGAAACCCUAUCUUGAGGAGAAGGAUACAGAGUUUUUUAUGGGCGUGAUUUCCUUGCAAGUUAUUGCUAACACCAUCGCUGUUGGGAUCGAUCGGAGUCUGCCUUGGUCGGAAACCUGGGUUUUGUGCAAGGUGAUGUUUUGGGUUGUGGAAGUGUUCUGCUGCUGUUUUGUUCUCUUCGCAAUUGCAUCUUUUCUCAAGAAUUUCGUUGAGGCUGCUCAAUCAAAUGGCAAGGCUCUGCUCAAUCUGAUACGUGUCGAGAAGUAUUGUACUGUGCUAUUGGGUUAUCUCAUUCUUACCGGUGUUGUGGUGUAUCCCCUGGCUAUCUUUAUUGCUUACCAGUAUGCCUGGAUCAGUAUAUUGAUUGGAGAAUUGGUAACACUUGGGUUUUAUGUGUUUACCGGUUGCAUUUUCCAGCCUGUGGAAGACAAUCCCUGUUCUGAAGACGAGGAGGGAGCAUUGAAGAUGGAUGAUGACUCUGAGUUAUUUAGAUUUCGGUAUUUGAAAGUAGAGGCCAAAGACAUGGAACGCUGGAAUCUGGCCUAUAAAAUUGUGGUGACAGUUCUCUGA